AAAAAAAUGAGAGGGAAAGAAUCAUCCCCAUCCCAUCUGAUGAACCAGAUCCCUCAAUCGCCUUGACUAACAGUAUGACCUCUCGGAGAGUGAGUGAGACGACCCACCCUGACCUGUCGUCACCGUCAUCGUCACUGUCGCCGCCCUCGGGUACCAAUGGAGGAUGUACCACUGACUCGCGCGGGAAUGCAUCGUGUCUUGGGGGGCGAGGUACCGGGUUCCUAUCCGGCUAUCUACUCCAAAUCCCGACGUUGGUGGAUAGAUGGACUGAGAAAUGGUAUAUCACUCAGCCAACUCUACCUAUACCUAUACCUAUACCCCACCAUCCACCAUCCACCAUCCAACAUCCAACACCCCCCAUGAGCCACCGCGUAGAAACCAAACCAAACCAAACAACCCUCACCCGGGAUUAGAAAGAUGAUAGACAACCACACAUCCACCCAUCCAUCCAUCCAUGCACGCACGCGCCGUGACUCACAUCUCCCUCCAACCCAUCUAUCUAUCUAUCUAUCUAUCUACUGACCCGCCCCAGCGCUAGUCGGAGUCUGGAACGAGCGGAGAAGCUGUGUGUGGAAGCCUAAUAGAGGGUGCUGGGCCGGGGCCAAGUUGCCGCCGCCGACGGGGAGGCGUUACGUGCCUGCGAUGUACAUGAUCGAAUGCGGAUGGCUUGGGCAGCAAGUAUGUAUGUGGUGGGUUUGGCAAAAGUACGGUGCUGAUUACAGACCACUAAUCAUUUACUUAUUGAUUGGGGAUGGGAUGAGAAUAUGCAUGGAUGGAUGGAUGGAGGGAUGGAUGAGAUAGGGCAGGAUUAGGAUUGUGAUGACUAUGAUGAUUG